ACAUACCAGUGGAGCCAUCGUUUACGCAACCUACUUGUCUGCGCCUGCACUUUUCACAGUUCUGAUUUACCCGGGGCGGGGGGAGUUGCACCGUAACAUACAGGCUACGUGGUAAAGCGAAACGGCGAAUAGCUUAGCAGCAGUGUGCAGCGACACUGUUUUACACAGCGGCCAACUUAGAAUACAGGUGUGCUGCGUCGAGGGCGUGGCCUUUCUGCAAGGUAGCCUAAAUGAGCAGGCGAUUGUAGGGAAACGAACUUCUGUGGGUUGUUGCGCACGACUUAAAACCAUACGUUUGUCAAAGGGUUUCAGUUCCUAUGUGAGAUAUUUACACAAUUAGAUAAAGUUAUGAAUGACAGGAAUGAGAAUCCGCCUCCGUCCCCGAAGAAGCAGGAGUCCGUGGAGGCACCGAGUGAUCCGCUUGGAGGGUCAGGCCGGUGGUUGUCCUCGACAUUCAGUAAUUCCAAAAACGAAAACACAGUAGUGGAUGACAAGCUGUUCGUGGACAGAGACUUUCCAAUGGGGGACGUCCUUCAGCCCACUAUGAUGUGGAGACGCCCGAAGGAUAUCUGCCCGGCGCCUCAGUUCAUCGUGGACGGAGCCACUCGUAUGGACGUGUGCCAGGGCAUCCUCAAUGACUGCUGGUUCCUGUCUGCCGUGGCGUCCCUGUCUCUCUACCGGCCCCUGCUGGAGAGGGUGGUUCCUGAGGGUCAGAGCUUUCAGGAGGGCUACGACGGAUGCUUUCACUUCCGGUUCUGGCAGUACGGCCGGUGGGAGAAGGUUAUGGUGGAUGACCUGCUGCCCACCCAGGAAGGCAGGCUGGUGUACAUGAGCUCCUCAGACCAGCAGGAGUUCUGGAGCGCCCUGCUGGAGAAGGCCUACGCAAAGCUGAAGGGAGGUUACCGGGCGUUGAACAUGGGCUUCCCCCACGAGGCCAUGGUGGACAUGACGGGCGGGGUGACAGAGGUGCUGCUAGUGUCCUCCCUGCCCAGGGACCUGCUCUCCUUCCUCAGACCCCUGCUGGACAAGGGAGCCCUCAUCAACUGUGCCAACUCCCAGGGCUCCCUGGAGCAGAGGAACGAGCUGGGGAUCAUGUUCAGACACGCCUACUCCAUCACCGGCCUGGAGCAGGUGAAGACCAUGAGUGAGGUAGUGGACCUGGUUCGUGUUCGGAACCCCUGGGGCAGGGUGGAGUGGGAGGGGCCUUGGAGUGACAGCAAUGGGCCAGAGUGGAGUAAGGUCAGUGAGGUGGAGCAGGGGCGUCUGAACAGGGUUGUGAAGGACGAUGGAGAAUUCUGGAUGCAGGUGUCAGACUUCCGUCAGAACUUCGAGAUGAUGGAGGUGUGCCACCUGACAGAGGAGUCCCUGAGCCGGCCGGGCGGCGCCCAGCACCCCUGGCACUGCACGCUGCAUCAGGGGAGCUGGGUGGAGCGCCUCAGCGCUGGAGGAUCACCCAGAGGAGGCUGGUACUGGCAGAACCCCCAGUUCCACCUGACCCUGCUGGAGGAGGACGAUGACCCCUGUGACCCCGAGCUGAGCUGCUCCCUGCUGGUGGCCCUCAUGCAGAAGCACCAGAGACGCUCCGGGGUCAACCUGGCCAUCGCUGUGGACAUCUACCAGGCCAGGGCCCCAGGUGGCUACCUGUCCUCCCUGGACCUCAGCCUGCUCCGCCCCGUCCUCAGCAGUGGGGCCUACGCCCCUCGACGGGAGGCCGUGAUUCGCGGUCGCCUAGCACCCGGCCAUUACGUCAUCAUCCCUUCCACGGAGCAGACCAAUCAGCAGGGAGAGUUCAUCCUGAGGGUGUUGACCGAGAAGGGAAACGCUGCGAUGCCUGCAGACAAGCCUGGGUCUGAGGGGAGCAUACCUGAACAGCCCCUGUCGCCCCACCUGUCUGCUCUACCUUCCACUGAGGAGGCCCGGGCACUCUUUAAGAAGCACUGCAACCAGAAGGGGCAGUGCAAGCCCCUGGAGCUCUACAACCUGCUGACAGAGGCCAUCAGAGGAGGAGUGUUGGCAGGUUGUGAGAAGAGGCUGUCUCUGGAACACUGCAAGAGCUUGGUGGUGUUAGUGGACAGCCAGGGUCUGGCCCGGCUGGACUGGACGGCAUUCCAAGCGCUGUGGGACAAGAUCAGGAUAUGGACGCAUAUAUUCCUCAAGUUUGACAGGAAUAAAUCCCAGAGUUUGGAGUACCCGGAGGUGGCGCCUGCUUUGAAGGCUGCAGGCUUGCAGGUGGAUGACUUCAUCCUGCAGCUGAUCGGCCUGCGCUACACUGAGCCGGACAUGACCGUCAGCUACCCUGGGUUCCUGUACCUGCUGAUGAAGCUGGAGAGCAUGAUCCGUAAAUUUCAAGCGUAUGACAUGGUGGGAAUGGGUACCAUAUCUAUCAGCUACAGACAGUGGCUUCACAUGACGAUGUACAGCUGAGCUUCUCCCUUACAGCACCACAAACUUCCUGUUUCUGUGUUUUCAUUAUCGUUUCCGUUUUCAACAUUUAACUUUGACACCUGAAGUUGUUUAAUGCAUCCUAAUUGCAAUAAAGAUUUUAUAUAA